AUGCAUAAGAAAGUAAUUAACGUUUCUCUAACAUGGCACUGUUCAUUUCUAAAACGCAGGGUACAAAAGCAAAUUUGACAAACUACUUUCAAAUUAGUAAUCUUUCAUUUUUCCACUUUUUUCCAUUUAAUUACUCCGCAAAAUCUUUCAAUCCAAACAUUUUUCAAAAAUUAAAGGAAAUCAUGCAACAUUAAUAAGGUGGGUGCUUUACAAUAUAAAAAACUGGAACCUGUAAGCGAUAGCCCAGCAAAUAAUCACUUACGACCUUCUUCACUUCCCCUUCAUUAUGCCUUUCAUUCCUUCUUCUUAGCACCUCCUUAAUGACAAUGGUUUUUUUUUAUCGUUACCUAGCCAAGACGAAGUUUUGUUCUUGAUUAAAGAAGCACGGCGGAACGAUCUUAUCGUUAUACCACUUGUACAGACAUUCGGCCAUCUCGAGGUAUUUUAGUUUCUUACAGAUCUCCUUCAGUACCCAUUAGCUUCUAAGAGCAUCCGAUUCUUUAAUUUGGGAUUGGACUAAAUAUGACACUCCUCUGCACUAUAUAUUUGUAAAUACUUUCAUUUUUUAAUGGAAAUUGUUUUUACUCUAAAAAUGAUUUAGCCUACGUGAGGCAAAUAAUCUAUGAAAUAUAGAUCUAAUUGCAUUUAUUUACGUUUUUUUUCUUCCUCAGUUUGUUUUAAAGCACGAAAAAUUUGCCCACCUUCGUGAGACAGCCAAAUACACAAACUCAAUAUGCCCCAACAAUCCAGGUAGGAGAUGAGAGAUUAAACAACUCAACUAGCAGAGAUAGGUUAAACUACUUUUCAUUCUCAGGUACCAACUUAUAUCUCUACCAAUAACAGCGUUCUUUCCGGUCAGACAGAGGUAUAUUGGUCUGUGUAGAAGACAUGGUUUUGGAUGGGAAGGGGGGCGGGGGAGGUGUGAAGAGUGAGUAGAGGACAGAAAGAAUGCUAUUUCUAAUUGAAAAGUGAUAAUUUACUUUCUGUAGUAUUCUUAGGUCAUUUCGUGUGUCUCUUAUACAUACAGCUAAGAUAUGUAAACUCCGAGUUAUACGCCCAAGUUGUUUAGAUUCAGGCGAGCAUUCUAAAGAGCAUUUUCAUCUGAUCAAUGGCGUUAGAGCAACAAACUGUUUGAUGACUACCUCACAGGUUUUCGAAACAGUCACUGUCAACAACAUUCCUAUUCUGGACUUCGUUCACCGUACUGGGACGAUUAUGCUUAACCUACUUAUGAAAUGACUCCAGGGCCGGCUCACUAACCUUUCACAGUUAAACACUUUUCUUUCAGAGGCAGUGGAAUUGGUAAAGGAAAUGAUUAAUCAGGUGGCAGAACUUCAUACGGGAAUCCAGUGGUUUCACGUGGGAGCUGAUGAGGUUGGUAAUGAGCCAUGUGAACCACACUUGUCUUUGUUUGUUUUUUACAAACAGAGGUAGGAGUAAUUGUUUUAUUAUUCAUUCAAAAUAAUUCCUAGUUUAAAAACAAGCUAAAACAUGCUUACCAUCGAUGUUAAGUUCAUCUUCGAUAGUGCCUGUUUAUCGGCAGGUUUAGGAGAUAAAAGGUUGUUCAGUUCUGCAAAUAUUCUCCAAACAGCAGAUGUCGUCCGUCGAGUUGUCUUCUUGCUGUUCUUGUUAUGUUUUUAGCCACUGAUAAGUGGGCUAUUUCUUUCUCGUGAAACGAGUGAAAUGUUCCGCCAUUUUGUAUUCACUACCAUUUCAACAAGACAACCUCGUCCCCAGGUCUUCGCAAAAUCUUCCAAAUUUGGUCGACAGUUAAAGGUGGUUAUGAUGAAUUAUACGUGGGAUUUUAGCCUAUCAGAAACAGAGAAAUAUUUUGAAUGAAUAAUAAUGACCUUUCUUCGUCCAUCCAAAUGCAGCUAACAAUUCUAGAAAUGUAUUUUUUUUUUUAUCUUUUCCUAAAAAUUAGAUACGUAUUUUAAACCAGGAAAAAGCAUCGAACAGACAAAAUUUUUGGACGCAGAAUUCAGUCAUUCAGUUGUCAAAACUCACCCUACAAAUUUUUUAGAGGGCCACUAGUUUAUUAGUUUUAUUAGUAUUUUGUGUCACCCACUCUAAAUAAAGUUCUUACCUUACCGUCUAACUGCCUGACACUUCAAGCUCUAACUGUUGAAUUCUCUGUCUGAAAGUGUGUUUAGAUUAUUUUUUGGGAUUUGUCUUUCAUUGCAAGGGGAGAGUUCCCUGGCUAUUUCAACCGUACAUUAAAUUGAUAACCGCACGCUCUCUUUCCUGAUUUGAUUACACCACAGGUGUGGAACCUAAAGACUUGUCGCGCGUGCUUGGUAGAUAACAGAAACAAAAGCAUGAUAUUUUUGCAUCACAUGGUUCCAGUUCUACAACAUGUGAGAAAUAAGGGUUUCACACCAAUCUUGUGGGAUGACAUGAUGCGAGAGUGGACAAUAGACUUCCUUAAAGGUUUGCUCUCUUUAUUUUUUAACUCCUCAAUGAUUACAAAUGCAGAAAGUCGUUUAUUAUGGUACAAUUACCAGCGGUUUCGCCUUGGUUCCCAUAUGUAAAUGUUACGUGCUUAUUAAUAUGUGAUGCAAAUAAAAAUCUCUUUAGAGAUUUCAAAUCAAAAGAGUUGCUGUUUGACCUCUUUUUCCUUAAGGUACGACUAAACGGGCAACGAAAACGCGCAACCUGUCACGUUGCAAAACGAUUUGAUCAGCGAUGUUACGCGUUUUACCACCCACAAACCAAACCUGUCUUGCAACAAAUCAGGCUGUUGCAGGUUGUGAGAAGUUGUUGCGGAAACUAGAGAGUAGCUGAAUUUUUUGCAACAAAAUCUGUGUAGGUUGCACGUUUUGCAACAAGUGACGUAACUGAUCCGGAUCCGGGUAUUGUGUGACUCCCGCUUAAUUUUAUCCAAUCAUAAGUCAGUAUUCACACGCAAUUCAAUUUGCAACAACCUGAUUUGUAGGAAGACAGGUUUGAACGUGGGUGGUAAAACUCGUUUUGCAGCAAUGUUGCCCACUCAGUUGCAUUGCAAAUCAUGGUACUAAGUCAAAGUCCUUUUUGCGAUCUGUAAUAGUAGUAUUCUUUUGUGUCAUGUAUUGCAGUGGUCGGCAGGUUAGCAGAGCCAAUGAUUUGGUAUUACAGGACCGACCUUAGAAGCCAUUUUCCCAAAGGUAAAUUCGCCAAUACUUACUUCGUUCGCCGUAGAAACAAAACUAACUUUUUGAUCCUGUUCUUGGGAGAGAGGAAUGACUUGAUUUCCAUUCAGGACUGUGACCAUGCACCUACGUCACUAGCGGUUUUUCGCUCUGAUUUUCUUGAUAAACGAUAUUUUGUCGGAGCAUAGCAGAACAGACCUCUUACUUCAGCUUGUAUGUUUUAUUAUGUAGGUCAUGUGAUAAUACUCUAGAGGACUUUUUCUUUCAAACUUCGUCUUAUUCGCAUGUACAUAAUUUAGUCAAUUUAAAGUCUAACAAAAUAUAGGGGCAAACUCCUCUGACACUACCAUUGGAAAAACAAUAGGUAUCGGUUAAAUCGAUACGGAAGCGAAGGGGUAGAGGUAUGGUGUGCUGGAAAAAUUAGUUGUGACCUUUGUCUAUUUUAAACUCUAAUUGAUCCACAGAAAUGUAUCAACGAUACUUUGAAGCGUUUCCUAAAAUGUGGACUGCGAGUGCGUUUAAAGGUAUAAGAUUUUAAUUUAUCACUGAUUUUUCAUUUAAAUCGAAGAAAUUGUUAGUGGUACCACUAAGACACGGACAUCCUAACUUACUUAUAUAACAUCAUGAUAUCAUCAUCAUCAUCAUCAUCAUCAUCGUCAUGGUAGCUGGAACACAGUACAGGUCAUCUUCCUUGUUAAUAUAUAUUUAUUGUUUAGGUGCCACUGGGCCAAGUAGUGACUAUGUAUCCAUAUCAAAACACGUCUCAAACAACCUGCAGUGGGUGGAUAUAAUGUCCAAGAUUUCUAAGACGAAUGAAGUGUUAGGAAUCGCAUUAACAGGCUGGAGCAGGCGAGUGUCAUUUGUUCUCUAACUUACAUUUAAAGCUUAACCUAACCACAGAUUGUCAUUCAUCAGAACGUCAAUUUUACAUAUGCUAUAUCUGGCCCCUUUUUAGAAUAAAAAGGCUUCUACGAAGUAUAUUUGCCAUUUGUUGUGACUCACUGGUUUCAUAGGGUUUCUAAAGCUGGAGAUAUCGACACGGGAAUCGCUUGUGUUGAGGCCAAGAAGCACGUAAUUAAAGACCUCUCUUCACACCAAAAUUGGGUCCAAUUUUGCUUAGGAUGUUUUGACAAGCCCACACUAAGCCCUUGUUGGACUUAUGUUGGUUUUGAUUCCUUCAUUUCAUUGUAGAUACGAUCAUUAUGGUACACUAUGUGAGCUGUUACCAGCAGGAAUACCAUCACUUGUUUUCUGUUUAAAGGCUGUUGACGAAGGUACGUUCUCCCCUGUUCAGAAGAUGGUCGUUUCAGUAAUUCUUGGAAGUAUUAAUAUUAAGUACAUGGGGCAAAUUAAGGGCGGUACCUCACAGUUAUAGUGAUUCUCCUUUGAGCCUCCUCAGCGUAUGCUAGUUUCAGUGCAGUUAUCGAGAAGAGUCUAUGGCUUAGUCAAAUAUGAAAGGACGCUUAAUCAAAGACGGCAACCUAGCGUUAACGCAUGAAAGCGCAUCUUCUAAGCAUCUACAGUAGAACCCUGGUAGCUCGCACUCUGAAGGGAAAAGAAAAGCAAUUCGAGUUAACUGGGAGUUCGAGUUAUCGGGGUAAAUUUUAGUGAAAUUUUGAUCAAGGAAAAAGAAAGUUCGAGUAAGCGGGGAAUUCGAGUUAUCCGAGUUCGAGUAAUCGAGGUUCUAUUGUAUUUCCUUUUUAAUCACACUUUGCCACUGCCUCCCGUGAUCCCAUAUUCACGUCCAGAGUGAACACAAUCACUUUAGAGACUUGGUUUUCGAAGGUCUGUUCUCGAAUCUGAUAUAAUGGUGAAUGGAUUUUGUUCUUAAAGGAAGUAAAAAAAUAAGAUUGACCGAUUGAUUGAUUAAGAGACAUAAUGGACAUACUUAUAAAUUGCAAGCUCGUCCAUACCGCCCGCCAAUAGGACGAGAUUUUAUAAAACGCAUUUAGAAAAGUAUUGAUUACUAUUGAGGGCAUCAAACCAACCUUGUUUGAGCUACUCUUGCCUUCCAUUGCAAUAAAGAGUGGAUUGUCAUAGACGACCCUCAAAUAGUUCUGUUUCACACAAAAACUGUGGUGCGUGUUUUGUAAAGAACUGACUAGUAAUUUUUUUACACUCUUCUCUCAAGGUCAAAUGAAUGAAGCCUUACGCAUAGCAAUUUCCAAGGAACUUGGUUUCAGUAACAGAAUUAAUCUGGAAGGAACUGAAUAUUACGAGUAAGAAUGUUUACUUCUGAUAAACGUUUGUUGCAUUACCAUGCAGGUACUGUUACGUUAACGUCUAUAAUUGGUGUCCAUCGUCGAAUGACCGAGAAAGAUAAGCGUUUCUCAUAUCCUUCUCAUAGUUUCACAUAAUCAAUUCCCAGUUGCCAAAAUCGAAUGCAUUCGAUUCUCACCCCUUUCCUCUAUUCAAAGUUGCCACUGCAAGUUUUGAAGAUAAUCUUUGAUUCUUGGCAAUGUUGAAAACGGAAAAUUGGGGCAUAAAUCACGCUAGGAUUAAAGAUAUACGACAUUGAUGUUUUUUGGCCCAAUGAGCUACAGUGUCUCAAUGUUGUUAUGCAGAUAGUUCUAGCUAUAACUCGUGCGUAUACAUACCCUGCAGUGAAAAGAGAACAUAUGGGGACUUCCCAGGUCAUGAGGUCUACGAGCUCAUUUUAAAGCUAAAGGACAUCCAUCAUGCGUUGGGGCUAGUCCACAGCACGUGAGUAUAGAUAUGUUCUUUUUACUGAAUGACGACUCAAUUUGGACAGACGUGAAAGGAAAUGAAGUGCUUGUAAAUUUCGACUAGACUGCAGCAUCAAUACAAUGAUACUGUGCAGAGGAGUCCUGAUACUGUGUAAAUUUAAUGAAUAAAUGUAAAGAAAGCUAAUAAUAAAAAUCAUCGUCAUCAUCAUCAUCAUCAUCAUCAUCAUUAUCGUUAAGUUACUAUUAUGUUUUAUCCACUAAAAGGAAGUCAAAGUUAACAGAAGUAAAUAGAAGCAACAGCUCUAUUCAGUAGUUAAGUAGUGCUAAAUAACCACAUACUUCACUGAUAUUACAAUGCAAUAUACGACAGGUCGAAUUCAUUACAGGCUGAGGCGAUAAAAUGUGUUAAAUACAGUUUGCCUCGAGAAUAUCUGCACACGUAAAACAACCUUAAGGAUAACUGUAAAGUAAUACGAUGCAAAGGGUUAUUAAGUAAAAUAAAGUUAAUACAAUGCUAAGCUAAGCGCCCCUCCCAGUGAUAGGCCGACACGUUUCUCAAUCUUACUUGCUUCGUGCUUCACGCUUUCUCGUGUUUAUGAUAUGUUAACAGGCAUUAUGCAAUUGAAAACCAACUAUAAUUCCUAUGUAUAUUUUUUAUUUCUUAAAUUAUUAACUUUUUUAAAGUUUUUAAAUUUUUAACUCUCAAUUUUUGGCCAUUUUUACAUCUGUAAUUUAUUAAAUGCAGGGCCCCACUGAAAACCAUGUCUGACGUGGGCUCCCUGUAUUAUUAUUAUUAUUAUUAUUAUUAUUAUUAUUAUUAUUAUUAUUAUCAUUAUCAUCAUUAAUACUAUUAUUAUUUUCUUUGCAAUGUAGUGAAAAGGGUUGGAUGUUGAAACGGCAGCUAGAAGAACACUCUCUCAGCUAUUUUCGAUUGCGUUUUGCACGCAUGAAAAGUAUGCAGUAAGUAUUGUUCACUUCCUUACCAGAGCAACACGGUGGAGAUACUUGAUUUCUUGUGCAGGAAUCUCAUUAAUUUGCGCAGGAAUAUGCCAUGAAUAGGCAUCCAUGAAUAGGCAUGUCAUGUUCUGUUUUCAUGCAGUGGCAAGAAAUAACCGGUUUGUUUUCACAGGAAUAUUAACGGCGAUGAUGUCAUGAAUAUGGGCAUCCCACUAAGAUAAGGGUGUUCUGUUUUCAUGUUGUGACUAGAAUAACCGGUUGGACAGGUUUAAACUUAUUUUUAGAUUAAUGAUCUCAAAAUUUUGGAUCGGCUGAUUUUGAUUAGGAACGGUGUUUAGCGGCUAUCUGGAAAUCAGACUGUAGUUUGCUUAGCUGUCAAGCACAAACCCGGUUGUGACUGGAAUGGAUACGUCAAAAUUAGAUAGUCAUCUUUACUCAAAAUACAUGUCAGGAGUCUUAUAACUUAGUAAAUAAGGGAAGAAAGAAAACGGAAGAAAACAAUUGGUACGUAGUAUCCGCAUCAUUUGAUGUAUAAUCCACAUCCGUUUCCACUAGAACAUCAAGGGCUGACUGCCGACACUGGUUAAUUUUAACGCACUGUAACUGGCAUUUAUAAUUACAUUAUUGAAAGCUAAGCGUUUUUAAAAGAGUGCUUUACCCUAAUCACUGUACUUCGGUACUUAAAGCUGUCUUCAACCCUUUUCCUUGCACAAUCGUCUCUUACCUUUAUUUCCCCACUUUUCUCAAAAAUGUACCCAAUAAAUUUGCAUAAAUGGUUCUCUUCGAGGAGCAUAACGUUGUGGAAUAAACAUAAGGUGUCCAACCUGAUUUUAAGGUACCCAUUUUAGUCACAACCAAACCAUCACUGAACCACAAAUUAAUGAUAUUCCCGUGUAAUAACGGGUUUAACCAGUGCUAACUAUACAACUUAUCAACGAUCACAUACUUAAUAUUAUUUUUUUUCCUUUCAGGGCCGCUACCUCAUACGCCGAAUUAAGAGAUGAAGCGCAGGCUUUACUGUCACAACUUUACAGCAAUACCACAGUCACAGAAUGGCUCAAGGAUAAGAUAGAUGACAGAAUAACAGACGCUCAAUUUCAAAUCAAUAGAAUAGAAAGUGUUGAAAGCAUGUUCGAAUUCGAAUCAAGAUAA